AUGUUUUAUGAACUUUUUUGUCGUCAAAAUGCCAAUAGUGGUGGUAAUGUAAAUACAGAUGAUCAAACAGAUUGUGAUCCAUCCAACAUUGAUAGCACCAGUGCCAGUAUAUCAGGUUCUAGAACGUAUUCCGACAAAAACCAACGAACUAUUGGAGAUUGUUUUUCUGGAUUAACUGAUAAAAUUAAAACCCAAAUGUGUAAAAAGAUGGAAAUAGCUUAUUUUGUCGGGAAGAAUGAACUACCAUUCACAAUGUAUGAAGCUAUUGUAGAAUUGGAAUCAAAACAUGGCGUGGAUCUUAGUGUGGCCUACACUAACAGGAAACAAUGCUCUGAAUUUGUAGAUCUUCAUGGAGAUCAUAUUCGUCAAAAUUUAAAAGCCAACUUGAAGAAAGCCAAGUUUAUAUGUAUACUUACUGGUUCAACAGACACCAGUGUCAAAGAAAAGAAGUCAUAUACGUAUAUUUUCUACCAGAGAAAGGUUGUGACAAAAUAG